AUGACGGAGGCAGCAGUGGCAUUUAUUGGAUCGAUAGAGGUUUUUAAUAUAGGUGACGAUUUCGAACUAUAUAAGAACCGGUUCGAACAGCUUUUAUCACUUAACAAAAUAGUGAAAGAUGGCGAUAAAAUAUCAUUUUUGAUUAGCUUGGGUGGAGCAGAUUUAUAUAAAACGCUAAUUUCGUUGCUGGCACCCAAGACACAGAAAGACCAUAAUUACGCGUAUAUUGUGGAAAAAUUUACGUCACAUUUCAAGCCGAAGAAAAAUAUUAUAGAGGAAUGCUUCAAGUUCUUCAAACGUGAACAGCUAGCAUCGGAAAAAAUUGCCGAUUAUAUAGUGGAAUUGAAGCAAAUGGCGCAAGAAUGCGACUUCGGUAAUUUUUUAGAUCGUGCGCUUUUAAUUAAAUUCGUUUGUGGCUUGAAUAAUGAGCACAUACAAAAUCGUCUGCUGAACGAAAGCGAGCUAGCGACGUUUGAGAAAGCUUGCACAAUUGCAUUGUCAUUGGAUAUGACCUCUAACAACAUGGAGUUGAUGAGAAAUAAUUCGGUACACCAGUUACGAAGUAAUGCGAGGAAGACAAAAGCAGCUGACAAUACAUCAAAACAAGAAGAUGUUCAACGACGGAGGAGCAAAAGUCGGAAACGUAGGGAGAUCAAAUGUUUUUACUGCCAAAAAGUUGGACACAUGGAACGUAAUUGCUGGGAGAAACAAAAUGCACAGAAAUCGUUGGAUAAAAAUAAGUCCCGUGGUAAAUAUAAGAGUAAUUCGAGUGUAAAUAAUAUAGACUAUACAGAUAAUGAUUUUUCUUUUAAUUAUUUAAACAAUAUUGCAUGCAAUCCUUCAAACUCAUUGAAAGUUAAUAUUAAAUUAGCAGGCACAGUUUUUAAAAUGGAAGUUGAUACUGGUGCAUGUGUGUCUGUAUGUCAUAUUGCGGAUUAUAACAAAACAUUUAAACAUAUUAAAAUGAAUGCGAUGAGUAAAAAUUUAAAAUUUAUUACUGGUGAAAGCGUUGUGGUAGUGGGUAGCAUUCUUGUGGACGUAGAAUUUAUGGGAAACCGUUUCAAUUUGGAGCUAGUUGUUUUGGAUUCUAAAGCUGGGUUUGACCCCCUAUUAGGGAGGAAUUGGCUCGAUGUCAUUGUUCCACAGUGGCGUGGCAUUUUUGGUAACGGCGAGAUUAACCAACUCAGUAAUAAUUUGAAGCUAAAUACUUUUGAUUUUUAUAAAUAUAACCAAUUAUUUUCUAAAGAUAAUAAUUCGACAAUCAAAAGUUACGUUGCUGAAAUAGUGUUAAAGGAUGAGCACUAUCCAAUAUUCGCGAAAGCUUAUUCCGUACCGUUCGGGUUGCGAAAAAAAGUUGAGGACGAAAUUGGUCGUCUUUGCCAACAGGGUGUGAUUGUUCCAGUUAGUAGAAGUCGGUGGGCUAGUCCAAUUGUGAUCGUAAAUAAGGGAGAUGGCUCAAUAAGGCUAUGUGUCAACUGUCGAAGGACAGUUAACAGAUUUAUUGAAAUGGAAUAUUACGUUAUUCCAUGA